AAUGUGGAAUAUCAUUUUAUUUGCAACAAUAACAAUUGUGAAUGGAUAUUUAUCCUUUAAAGAAGAUCCUUAUGACUAUACAAAUGUCUUUCCAAGCAUAGGGGAGUUGCCAAAUGGUACGAAAUGCACUAAAGUUGAUGCUCAGAAAUUAAACCCACUUUUUGACCAAAAUCAAAUAAUAUUUUCUGGCUAUUUAAGUGUGAUAGAAAAUAGCAAGUCUUGUUUAGGAUUCAUUUUUUACGGCUCUGAAAAAGCAACUUAAGUAGAGGAUCUUUCUAAAUAUCCAACAUUAAUCUGGCUUAAUGGAGGUCCUGGAUCCUCAUCUUAAUUAGGUAAUUUUAUGGAAUUAGGACCAUUAAUUAUGUAAGAAAAUGGAACAUUUAGAAAAAAUAUAUAUGCUUGGAAUAAAGAGUAUAAUGUGAUAUUUGUAGAUUAACCUAUUGGAGCAGGUUUAGCAUAUCCUGAAAAACAAUCCGAUGUUCCUACAAAUUAAAAAUAAAUUGGAUAAUAAUUUUUAUUUGCUUUAUAGCAAUUUUUAUAAAGUCCUGAGGGUUGUGUUAAAAAAAAUGCAAUUCCUGGUUUAUAAAAAUCUACUUGGUUUAUUUUCGGAGAAAGUUAUGCUGGAAAGUAAAUAAUUAUUAAAUUUAGGUAUGUCCCUACCAUAGCUAAGGCAAUAUUAGAUUAUAAUAUGAAUGCUGUUGAUCAAAUUCCUUUAAAAGGAAUUGGAAUUGGAGAUCCUUUUACAGAUCCAUAUUCAGUUAUUGCUGAAUAUGCAUCUUACUCGUUUAACUUAGGAUUGAUUGAUGUUUAAGAAAGAGCUCAAAUAGAUUCUAUUCUAGUUUAUGGAUUGAAUGAACUAAAUAAAGGAAACUCAUUAAAUGCAAGAGCCGCUUUUGAUAAAUCACUUGAUCUUAUAGGUCAAUAUGAUGGAGGAAUGAACGUUUAUAAUGUAUUAUAGUACGGAAGCUAUAAUAAUGCUAAAAUCAAUAUCUAAAAUUAUUUGAGGGAACCUUUAAUUUUAAAUCAAUUAGGACUUAGUGCUGAUUGGGUUUAUAAGAUAAGUAAUGGUGCAGAUGGCCCAGUAUAGAAGGCUUUGUCUUAUGAUUUUAUGUUAAGAGAUGUUGUCCAAACUGUUGAAGAAAUAUUACCAAAGAUUCCAAUGUUUGUGUUUAGUGGCUAGAACGAUUUAAUUUGUUCAACUCCUGGAACAUUAAGAUGGCUUUACAAUUUAAAAUAUAGUAAAAUUGAUGAAUACAAAAAAAAGGAUUUUGAAAUUGUUAAACUUUUAGAUACUGAAAAAAUUGUCGGUUAUUACAAGUAAGCAGGAAAUCUUGAGUUAUAAUUAGUAAAUAAUGCUGGACACAUGAUACCUACAGAUCAACCUUAAGCGGCUUUGGAAAUGAUUAUGACAUUUGUCAAUAAGCACAAGAAUUGA